AUGGAGGAGAGCGUGAGGCGCCUGUUUGGCAAGCAGUAUCAGGUCGCGAAGAGGGACGCCGAUGGCUUGCUGGGCUGCAAACAUUACGCGAGGGCCUGCAAGCUUAAGGCAAAGUGCUGCGACUUGGUUGUCGCCUGCCGGUUUUGUCAUGACGAGGAGAUGGGCGAUGAUCAUGAGAUGGAUCGCUUUGCGACGGAGAGGAUUGUCUGCAUGCGCUGUUGGAAGGACCAGCCUGUUGCUGCACGAUGUGUUGAUUGUAGCGCCCAGUUUGCCCAUUGGUUUUGCAAGCACUGCCGCUUCUUUGAGAACACCCCGACAAAGAAAGUCUACCACUGCGAUCUCUGUAAUAUAUGCAGGCUGGGCGAGGGCUUGGGCAUUGACAACUUCCACUGCCACAAGUGCGACGCCUGCGUCUCGUUGGAGUCAAAGAGCAGGCAUCGCUGCAUCGGCAAGGCCCUGCAUGCCAACUGCCCCGUAUGCACGGGCUACCUCUUCACCUCCACCGAACCCGUCGUCUUCAUGCGGUGCGGACACACCAUGCAUAGCGAGUGUUUCCGCCAAUACACCACGCGUCGCUUCCAGUGCCCGCUGUGCAUGCACUCCAUCGUGGACAUGAAGAAGCGCUUCGAGUACAUCGACGAGUGCGUGCGCAAUGAGCCGAUGCCGUCCGAGUUCCACCGCAAGCGCUCGCGCAUCCUGUGCAACGACUGCGGCAACAAGUGCGUCGCCAAGUACCACUUCGAGCACCACAAGUGUGACAACGACCGCUGCAGCAGCUACAAUACCCGCGUCCUCGAGGAGUUCGACGUCCCGCAAGAACACCAUCACUCGUUCUACCACGCGUCGGGGGAAGAGACGGCGGAGACCAUGCCUCACCUCCCUCGUGACACGGUCUCCGCCUUGCGUCUCGACGAGGGGGGCCCGAACGUCGUCCCGUGCUCCGUUGGCGCUCCGUCACAUGGUAGCACGCCAGACCCGUCGUGAACCGACGCCCCAGACACCGUGCCUGACCGCUUAUCAGACCAAGCUAGAGGUGUGGUACUCCUUGCCGCUUCGGGUGCUUCUUGACAUACAUUGUGCUUGUAGGCGCAAAAUGUUCGAGAGCAUCCCCACCCUUUGUCUGCCCAGGACUCAUGCAAAUACGAAAAACAACUCCGGUUUUUUGACAUGCUGGCAGGCACAGGGUUUGCGCUGCAAUGCGUCGCGUGGUAUGCAGUUUUUUUUUUUUUUUAAUCCGAAUACGUGGAGCUGCGCGUAUUCUCAGGAGGAGGGUCUCGGUGUGUGUAGGAGAGUGGAGUGAGCGUGAGAGAAGGAGAGAGAUAGAAGUUGCGUGUGGAGUGUAUGUGUUUGUGUAUGUGAGUGUGUCUUUUUCCGAGACGAAGGUCGCGUGAGAUAGUCAAGUCUGUAUGACGGACACACACCCAGUACAAACAUGGCCACCACGCUUAUCGCAACAGUUGGUUUACGUUUGAAUAAUUCUAGAGUGACUUCACGACAGAGUUUUUUGCUCAAUUGUCUCGCCUCUGCGGCGUGCGUAACCGACGCCAAUAGCGAAUAGGCUUUUUUAGCCAAUGUUUUUUUGUUUUUAUGUGUUCCAUGUUUUCAAAAGUCGCAGAAGGCAGAGCGAGCGGGCACACACGGGCGACUACAAGAUUCAAUAAAAACGUAUCUCGUCUCGCCCGAAAAAA